UUAAAAUAUGUCCAUUUGUUGAUGAGAUAUUCUGCUAACAGACAUGCACAAUCGGCUGAGUUUCUGUUGACUCUUCCUCUCAUCCUGACUGUCGUGACGUGYUGCCGCAGCUCCAACAGAUUAUUGGCACGAGCAUCUCCAGGUGCAGGAGAGGCAGCAGGUUGCCGGGGCGCAUGUCCGUCAAAGCUGAAAAGGAGUCCUGGAUUGGUUGGUCUGCAGCCUCCUGCUGGGGGUCUCCCGGGGGGCCCCCUGGCUCCUCCUCCUCUCUCCAUCAGAGCCCUGCCUCUGCGCGCUGCGCUUGUUGCAGCGGGGAGUGCGCGCGGACGGCUCUCUGUGCGCUUUGGUCGGAUGAAAGUUGUGGACACCGCGGAGAUCCAGGGAAUCCUACUUCGGAGAGGAGUGAGGAGAGGCGGGGGAGAAAAGCGGAUGCUGAACAUCCAGACUCUUCGUGGGACUGCGCGCGUGAAACGAGGCGGAGAUAUCCGAGGCGUGAAAACGAGUUUGUGUUGAGCCGAGAGACCAAGGACACCCAACAGUAUGCGGUGCAAUUAUGGCAGGCAAGGAUAAGACCGUGGUGAGGACGCUGGAGGAUUUAACGCUCGAUUCUGGUUAUGGUGGAGCCGCGGACUCGGUCAGGUCGUCCAGCGUGUCGCUCUGCUGCUCCGACACGCACCAGUCCAUCCCGCAUGGGGGCAACUACUGGCAUCUGACGGAAUCCAUGCACAGCAGACACAACAGCUUGGACACUGUCAACACCGUCCUGGCGGAGGACACGGAGAUCCUGGAGGGCUCGGGACACAGCGCCAAGCUGCCCGAGCUGGACGAGGUGCCGUGGAGCCUGGGAGAGGUGGAGGGCGCGCUGAGGAAAGACCAGGAGCUGAUGGUGGGGAACCCUCCGCCGGAGAUCCUGGCGCGGCUGUCCGCGCUCGUCGGCCGGGCUCUGGUGAGGGUGGCCCGGGAGGCGCAGCGCCUCAGCCUGCGCUACGCCAAGUGCACCAAGCACGAGAUCCAAAGCGCCAUCAAGGUGGUGCUCUCGUGGACCAUCUCGGUGAACUGCAUCACGGCGGCUCUCAGCGCGCUGUCCCUCUACAACAUGAGCACGGGCGACAGGUUCAGCCGGGGCAAGUCCGCGCGCUGCGGCUUGGUCUUCUCCGUGGGCCGCUUCUUCAGGUGGAUGGUGGACAGCCGGGUGGCCCUGAGGAUCCACGAGCACGCGGCCAUCUACCUGACCGCCUGCGUGGAGAGCCUGUUCCGGGAGGUGUUCGGACGCGUGGUGCGCAGCGCGCUGGUGGAGAGGGACAACGGGAUCCCCAAGAUCACCCUGGAGUCCAUGGAGCAAGCCAUCAACGGGGACUCGGAGAUCUGGGGUCUGCUGCAGCCCUACCAGCACCUCAUCUGUGGCAAGAAUUCAAGUGGUGUGCUGAGCCUGCCGGACAGUUUGAACCUGCACCGGGACCAGCAGCGCUCGGGCCGAGGCGGCGAGGGUCACGGAUACACCCAGGCUGAGCUGCGCACGCUCGAACAGUCGCUGCUCGCCACCCGUGUGGGCAGCAUCGCCGAGCUGAGUGAUUUGGUGUCCCGGGCCAUGCUCCUCCUCCAGCCGCUGCACAUCAAGAACCCGAGCAACGGCACUCCGGUCCAUCAGAAGACCAACACUACGGUUCACUGGGAGCCCGAAGCCCUCUACACCCUGUGUUACUUCAUGCACUGCCCGCAGAUGGAAUGGGAGAACCCCAACAUUGAGCCAUCCAAAGUCACUUUACAAACUGAGAGGCCGUUCCUGGUGCUGCCUCCGCUGAUGGAGUGGAUCCGGGUGGCGGUGGCCCACACCGAACACCGACGGAGCUUCUCUGUGGACAGCGACGACGUGAGGCAGGCCGCCAGGCUGCUGCUGCCCGGCGUGGACUGCGAGCCGCGGCAGAUAAAAGCGGAGGAUUGUUUCUGUGCCACCAGGAAGCUGGACGCCGCCUCCACCGAGGCCAAGUUCCUGCAGGAUCUGGGCUUCAGGAUGCUCAACUGCGGGCGGACGGACCUGGUCAAGCAGGCCGUCAACCUGCUGGGGCCCGAUGGCAUCAACAGCAUGAGCGAGCAGGGAAUGACCCCCCUCAUGUACGCCUGCGUCCGCGGCGACGAGGCCAUGGUCCAGAUGCUUCUUGACGCCGGAGCCGACAUCAACAGCGAGGUGCCAAGCACAGUAAACAAGCACCCCUCAGUUUAUCCUGAAACGCGCCAGGCGACGCCACUCGCUUUCGCCGUGUUGCACGGACACGUCCCUGUCGUGCAGCUGCUGCUGGAUAAUAAAGCCAACGUGGAGGGCGCCCUGCAGGAUGGGGCGGAGAACUACACGGAGACGCCGCUCCAGCUCGCUGCUGCRGCAGGUAACUUUGAGUUGGUGAGCUUGCUUCUGGACAGAGGAGCCGACCCCAUGAUUGGUACAUUGUGUCGAAACGGCAUCUCCUCCGCCCCGCUGGGAGACAUGAACUCGUUCAGCCUGGCAGCGUCACACGGACACAGGAAUGUCUUUCGGAAGCUCCUGUCCCACUCGGAGAAGGAAAAGGGGGACGUGAUGUCCCUGGAGGAGAUCCUGGCCGAGGGUUCGGAGCCCGGAGAGAAGAGACUGGUUCCCCAGGCCAACUGUGGCGGGACGCUGCGAACAGGAAAGGCCAGACUGAGGGCCCUGAGAGAGGCCAUGUACCAUAGCGCAGAGCAUGGCCAUGUGGACAUCACCAUUGACAUCCGCAGCUUAGGCGUUCCCUGGACGCUGCACACCUGGCUCGAGUCCCUGCGCACCUGCUUCCUCCAGAACCGCCGGCCGCUGAUCCAGGGUCUGCUCAAAGACUUCAGCUGCAUCCAGGAGGAGGAGUACACGGAGGAGCUGAUCACGCACGGCCUGCCGCUCAUGUUCCAGAUCCUCCGAUCCAGCAAGAAUGAGGUGAUAAGCCAGCAGCUGUCAGUCAUUUUCACACAAUGCUACGGACCGUUCCCAAUCCCCAAACUGACAGAAAUCAAAAAGAAGCAGACCUCACGCCUGGACCCCCACUUCCUGAACAACAAAGAGAUGUCUGAUGUCACCUUCCUGGUGGAGGGGAAACCCUUUUAUGCACAUAAGGUUUUGCUGUUUACAGCGUCGCCCAGGUUCAAGUCUUUGCUCCAAAACAGGCCAGCAGCAGAAAACACCUGCAUUGAGAUCAGCCACGUCAAGUAUAAUAUAUUCCAUCUGGUCAUGCAGUACCUGUACUGCGGAGGCACUGAGUCCCUGCACAUACGCAACACCGAAGUGAUGGAGCUCCUGUCUGCAGCCAAGUUCUUCCAACUAGAGGCCCUUCAGAGACACUGUGAGAUCAUCUGCACCAAGAACAUCACCACCGAGACCUGCGUGGACCUUUACAAACACGCCAAGUUCCUCGGCGCCUCGGAGCUCACGGCUUUCAUCGAGGGCUACUUCCUGAAGAACAUGGUGCUGCUGGUGGAACUCGACAGCUUCAAGCAGCUUCUGUACGAACCUCCUCCUGCCGAGAGCCCCGCCUCCAGCCUGGCGUCCAGCCCCGGCAUCUGCUCCGACAUCCUGCAGGAGCUGGAGAAGACGCUGGCCACUCGCAUCCACUCCAUCCACCUCUCCACCUCCAAGGGCUCUGUGGUGUGACCCCCCCCCCCCCUCUCUCUCUCUCUCUCGCUCUCUCUCUCGAGCCCUCUGGUUCAACCGCAGCAUCUAUGUAACAUCAAACCCCGCCCACCUGCUGAAACAACAAGCUGUUAGAAGUUUUUAUUCUAGGCUGUCCCUUUAAUUCUGCUCCGUGCUGAUUUUUAACGACUGAAACUUGUUUUUUCUUAUUAUUAUUUUUGCCUUGACCUCCCGUCCUGCUCACUCCACACCCCGUCUAAUAAUAACCAGACCAGCUAGUGUCACCUAGACCCAAUAAACCACAUGCAUGAAUCCACARUUUACUGUUUUUCACUCAGAGGUUAGAGUUUCAGCUUGGUCAUCUCUCAGAAAGAAGAGACUUGGGUUUGAAGUUGAAGCGAUGGCAGCAAUGAACUCCAGGCCAGAACAGAACCUCUGCUCUACGACCCGUUCCAGUGACCCGUAGCAAAGCCAGCAGGCUUUUUUUUAGGUGGACUCGUGUGUGUUCCGUCCCGUCCGUUUUUUUGUGCUUGGACACAUCGUCACUGUGUUUACCGUCUGCCCGCGCGCAGAAACCAAAACCGAUCACAGGAACUUCCGCCGCGGCUGCGCUGAGUCGGACGAACAACGGCCCACUCAGAGAAAUCUAUGCUGACCCACCGCUGAAACACGGACGCUCCAACUGGGAAAUUAAAAUGUGUGGGUCUUUUUUAUUUUUAUUAUUAUUUAUUUUUUUUGCAUGACACCUCUUCAACAGAGCUGCCGUUAUGGUUUUUUUCAUUAACAGCUGACUUCAUGGACCAGUUUUUGAAACAAAAAUCGUUGCUAAUUAACUUGAAUCAGCUGCAGAUGGAAGCAGGAUUUGAGCAAUGGGCUUUAAAGCAAAGUGUAAAUAUCAAGUCUGAUUUGUCUUUUUACUUUCAUUUUUUUCUUUUUUUUUUUUUUUUUGUAAACCUGUAUAAAUUCUCCCACACCUGCUUGGCUGAUGACAAUACUGAACGUUUUUUUUCCCUGCUGUACGUCUCCGUUUAUGCAAAGUUGCAUGUUUGAUCCGUUUGUUCGACUCCUGUGUUUUMGCUUUGGGCGUGCUUUUUUUGUGUGCAGCACUGGGCUGAGUGGGUCCAGUCAAUGGGGGGAUUUUAACCUUCAUUUAUUUUGUGGAACAUUCCAAACGAUCAGAAAAUCCAGAUGCAUGUUGAUUUUCAUUUCUGCUCUGAACAUUCAGAUCAAUUCAGAUAUCUGGACUGAGUUUAAUGCACACAUUUAUGCUUGUAAUCUGUAGACUAACCCAUUAUCUGUGCUUAUUAACGCCUGCUUAUUAUCUCAGUCGCACUGGUUGUUUGAUCCAAUCAGAUGAUGGAAAUUAGGCCAAAUUAUAAACAAACAUCUUGGCUCAUAAUGGAUUUUAAAUCUUAGCCAUACAUUUAUUUUUCUUUGUGUUUUUUAAUAUUUUUAUUUCAUUCAAAGCCGGAAAUGUCACUUUUUUAGAGCUUUGCUGCCCCCUAGUGUUCGUUUUGGGGAAAACAUCGACCCUAAAAACAGUUUUAUGCAGUUGUAUAGUAUUUUAAUAAAAAUAAAAACAGCAAAUUUUAUGAAAACUCCUUUCUCUCAGAGGAACUCAAAGAAUAUCAAUGAAUGUAACAAAGUGGGAAAAGUCGAGAAAAUGUGCAAUUUCACCAAUCCAGCAGCAAACCAAAAUAAAUGUAACUGUUUUAAAAAGGCUUUCAAUGCAAAUGUCAUAGAUUUAAGUGUUUCAGACUUAAUAAAACAUGGUAGCACAUUUGAAAUUAAUUAUCUUUUUGGCCCAGUUUAAAGCUCUAUAAGAAAAAAUAUAUAUAUAUAUAAAUGAAUUUCUGUAAAUAGCUACAGAAUAUAGAUAUUUAACAGUUUUAUUUUCUUAUAUACAUACAUAGCACUAUAUAUUUUACUUUAUGUCAGCGCUUAUUUUGUUUUUUAAAAGCAAAAAAAAGAUGUGUAAAAAUAAAAAAUGCUUUAAAACCUUUAGAUUAAGCAAUAUCUCCAUUAGAUUUUAAUGAGCUAAAGUAUAAUUAACUGAAAGAGUCGUAAUUUAGAUAAAUGUGUGCGGAAAACAGCAAAAAAAAUUAUUGUUUAUUUACAUAUUCGUGGCAGCCCAUUGUGUAUGUUGUGUUUGUUUUGACCUGAGCUUUUCUGUGUCGAUAACAUGAACAAAUCAUGACAUAUUCCCAUAUUGUACUGCAUCAUUUCCACAUGAAAUGUAACUUAAGAUGCAAAGCAUUUGGUCUCCAUGAAGGUUUCUGAUGAUGUCAAGCACUUGUUAGUGCCGGUGUUUCUGUAGCCUCACGCAGUCGAAAUAUUUGUGAUCCAACAAUAAAACAUGAGAUUAAACUCAGACUUUAUGUUUUUAUUAGUCUAAAUGUGAUGCCAGUAGCAACAGGACUGACUUCAGCACCUAUCAAUUGUUUCGUUUUUUGUUUAGUUUUGUUUUUUUGUUGUUUUUUUAUUCCGAUUUGGCUCAAAGCCGGAGAGGAAAUGUCAGUUUGCAUGGCUCUUCUUGUUUAAUGUUGUUGGGAAUGUGUUCUGUGCAGCAGCUUUGCCUGAAAUACUCUCCUUUUAUUUGACUGAGCUUUGAUUAUGCUGCGUAUUUGUUCCUGUUAUCUCCCAUAGGCGCAGUGGAAAAACGCAUGGAAUCACUCAAAUCCACACUGGGGAUAAAAUUUAGCUCUGUUUUUAUUUAAUUUUGUUUUCAUUAUUUUGCAGGGGUUUGGUUUCCUUUGAUGAGAACAUGUAAAUUGUAAAAAAAUAUAUAUAUGAAGAAUAAAUUAUACAUGGUGUGCGAAGCAGAGAUCUGGUAGAGUAUAACAACAAAGAGGAAUGUUACACUCAUGCUACAGUUUCUGUCAUUCCAUGACAUGCUAUUGUGGACAGCUAAUAAAGACCACAGUUUGAAACACC